AUGGCUUCAAUUGGCAAGUUAGCGGCGUCGCUAAUAACCGGGACACAAGAGACUACGCUGGCCCUUGCCAGCAUAAAUUUCGACUUUGCUCUGUUUAAAAUGGAGGCACCAGUAGAGUAUCAAGGUCUUGGUAACGCAUUAUCCAGCAAACGCAAACAUGAUGCAGAGAAUGGUUCGACUCACGUUACCGCGAGGAAGCUCGGCGCACUUUUUGAAGACGAAUUGCCUGAAGUUCCUCACCUGAUUCAAGCUUAUGGUCGACGAGUAACAGAGAUCGCGGAGAUGCCUAAUGUGAAUCCGAAGGGAAGUUCCCGAGAUGGUCCUUUUCGAGACCAUGUAGGUGCGGAUGGUACUACAAUUUGGGCGGCGGCAACCUCCGGCACGAGCGCAAUCGCAAUGCACCUGCUGGCUUGCAUCUUGGCAUGUCAAUGGCCUCAAGCGGAGGCUAUCGCUAUAUGGGUUGAGCUGGUGAUUCGGAGGAGAGCUAUAUUGCAAGAGCAUUGUAAUAAUCUAACUUUCAAAGUUUCCGAAUUACAAGCAUCGCGAAUUCAAAUAAGCACGGAACAGCUAGCGGAAUGGGAUGGUAGCGCAAGGGCCUGGUUACAGACCGCCGAUGAAGCUAAAAGGGUCCAGCAAACGCAGCUGAUGCUGAUUUUAAAGAACAUCAGCAUUCCUGUCGCAAAGGGAUCGAUUCUUUAUGACGAUGUAGUGGAAGUCUGGACCAAAGCGAUGAAAGCAGUAGACAACCUAAUUAUUGGAAUGCCUCAGAGGAUCGAGGAAGGCGCGAUUCUCCUAGGUUUGUCAGCUUGGCACAUCUACCCCGACUUGUAUGCCCUGGGUUCCUCAUCAACUGCUAUUCCACAGAAUGACCAUCUGGUUGCCGAGGGUGGCGUUGUUACACUUGGUUUGAAGAAUACCCGCAUAGCGAAAGAUGACGGUAUAUAUUGGUCCUUGCCUCUCGCGUAUCUGAAGUAUUAUGGGAAUCCGGUUAUAACAACGUCUACUGCUGGCGCCUACGCUUCUCGCAUUACAUUUGACCAGCUCCUUCAGACUACAAUUGGGAGUCUAAUUAGCUCACGGGGUCAUUCAAGUUCAGACCUUUCGGGACCUCUGCAGCUUACAGUUUAUCUCUUCACACAUUUGAGCUCCAAGAGACCUGAAUGCUGCGCGGACAAAACCUUGAAUAAGCAGGGAAACGCAAAAAGGCAUAAAUCUGCCAGGGGGGAAGAAGCUUCAACGACGGAAAAUGUUACAGUCGAGGAGUUAUGGAAAGAACCUAAAGCCAAGUAUACAACCCUCACCAAGGGCAUGGCGCAGCCAGCCAAAAAAAAAAAAACGAGAUGGGCACCCAGCUUCUGGCUUGAAGGGGGAGCAGAUGAAUAUCUCAUCGAUCGACAGUUUGAAUCGAUUGAUUUCUAUUCGAUACAGAUAGCUUUCAGUAUAUUCUGCCGUGCAAGUAUGAAUGAUGAAGCUCCCAUACGGCAUGAGUUUGUCUUUGGCGACGCUAAGACAGCUGUCUUUCGGAAGAUUGCCCCUAACCGAGAACCAACAGCCACCACGAACAUCACACAGUUGCGUUAUUUACAACUGUCACUAGAUUCUUCUUAUCUAGAUCACGAAUUGUUAAGAGCCAAACUAAUAAAAUUCUUCUCACCUAAAGGUCAAAAGUUGGAUCGGCAACUAGCCUCUUUAGAUGCCUUGGCAAUGGCUUCACAGAUCUAUGCCACUUUACCUAGCAGCACUAUCGAUUUAAAAGUAACUUCUCGACCGUUGCAAAAGUGGAAAUGGUGGUCUGAACGCGACGGAGACCACGACCCACCAUUAGGCCACGCGUUCGCCUGUAUUGCCUGUCUCGAGACUGGUCAUCUCGACCUCCAACCAAAGGAGCUAAAUUCUGUCAUGGCCAUUACAUAUAAAAUUUCUAUAUAUGUUUCACAGAAGAUGCUCAGUGACCCAGUUAAGCAGCUGCCACAGUGUGCCACGCAGCGAUUAGUCGCAAAAACAGCGUGUCCGAAAAAGACAAAUGAAGAGAGGUCCCUGCAAAAUUGUCUUCGAGUUUCCCAGAAGAUGGACGGCACAGCGUUUGCUUUUGACUACGAUCCGGAUGAAUCUGCCUCGAUAGUUUCGGGCAAAGAAUUGAAAAAAGGCUGUUCUGGUGGUUGUGAGCACUCGGCCAAAGAGCGGCUCGACGCCUCUGUCAUAUCUCCUGCAGUCUCAAUUGACUACUGGUCUGAACUACUGGAUCCACCACUUGAAAAUGGCAUAGUUCGUGCUUUCAACAACGAGUUGGCACGGCUCUGCCUCGCGACUGUUGCAGUCCAGAAACGGCUCAAUGUGCACAUUGUACCAAAAGAGCCAUGUUGGAUGUGCGAUCAUGCUAUGUGCUUCACAGCGGACCAGCAUGUCACUCGUCGACGCUGUGGAAUAUCCCAGAAUGAGACAGGCAUGAAAGACUACGAACGGCAUCAUAUUUUUAUCUGCUAG